AUGAACUUCUUUGACACCUAUGAGCUACCGGGGACGACGACGCCCCCCGCCAAUCCCCAACCGUCGCAGAGCCUGAACGAGGAGGUUGAGCAGGUCGUCGGGCAGCUGUCCCGGUUCUGGGGUGGGUUCAGGAAACAGAGCCAGACUGCACUCGAGACCGCGCGCAAAGACCUCGGAUCCGUCGUGCAGCAGGCACAGAAGGAGCUCACCAAGCUCACCGCCGAUGGCCUUGCCACCCCCACCGCCUCCGCCGUUCCAGACUCCGGAGCAUCCGCGACCGAGCAGGCCGCCUCUCUCCCCUCCGAAGCCAGAGAAGCAGCAGCCUCCGCCAGCCCCUCUACACCCACCGCAUCGCCCGAGAAGGAGAAGGAGAAGGAGACGGAGACGGCCACGGCAGACCGAAGCCCCGAGGGCGCUGCCUCCCCCUCAGCGCCGUCCGCAGCACAGACACAGAGCCUGCUCUCGCGCCUACAGGCGUCGCUCCCACCCGCGCUGCAGCAGCAGCAGGCGCAGCUCGCGGAGACGUUCCGUGAGACGCUGCACACGGCGCAGGCGCGCGCGGAGGCGGCGGGCGCGCAGCUCGACCUCCAGCAGCUCCGGGGCACGGUCCUCGCGGAGCUGCAGCGCGUGCAGGGGGCCGCGCCCGGGGCGCUGCAGGAGGCGCAGCAGCGCGCGGAGGGGCUCCUCAAGGGCGCGGGCGAGUUCCUCAAGGACGCGGUGAAGGUUGUCCCUCCGGAGGAGGGAGAUUCGUAUGCAGGCCUCAUCUGGGACGGCACAGACGUGUGGAUGUUGCCAGGGACGGUCGCGGCGGCGAGCGUGGAGACAGCUGGGAAGGACAAGGGGAAGGGGAAGGAGAGGGAGAAAGAAGUUGGCGGGUCGGGCCGGCCGUCGGUGGACACGCUGCGCGCGGUGGCGACCCGGGCGGAGUCGAUGCUGAAGCAGCUGAGGCACGACCCGGAGGUGAUCAAGGCGGACCCGACGGAGGACGGGAACGUGCGGGAGAUGCAUGCGACCUGGCUCGCAACUGAAGCCGCCUCCGAGGAUCGCGGGCUCGGGACGUCCGCCUGGGAGAACAAGGUUGCGCGCGCAUUCGCGGAUCCCGUGGACGGAGACGCUCUCAAGGCGACGAUGGAUGCUUUGGUCCCUGAGCAUCUCACUGCCGAUGAGUUCUGGACCCGGUACUUCUUCCGGGUGUAUCAAGUGGAGAGGGAGGAGGCGCAGAGGAGGGCUCUCAUUCAAGGUACGAACGACAAGGAAGAAGAGUUCAGCUGGGAGGAUGACGAUGAUGAGACGUUAUCUCCGCCGACGAAGCCCGAGACUGCUCGCGCCGCUCCGAAAGAAGUGGCGAAAUCAUCAGCGCCGUCAGCAGGGCUACUCACGGCCGACGGGAAAGCAAAGGGACCUGCGUCUGGAACGACGAGCCCAGCAAAGCAGCGAAGACAGCUACGAUGUGGUUUCAUCGCAAGUCAGUCAAAGCGGGACUGCUGA